AUGGAGAAAGAAGGGGGUAUAAUGAGGAGAGAGCACCUUAUGCAGGAUUUUCGGGAGACCAUUGAUGCGUGCAACUUGAGAGACAUGGGGUUUAAAGGCUGUGCUUUUACCUGGCAACGUGGGAAAACAAUGGACACUGUAAUCCGAGAACGCCUUGAUAGGUUCUUAGGGGAUGAUGCAUGGUGCCAGCUUUUUCCCCAAUUUGAGGUUAAACAUUUGGUGAGAAUAGCUUCUGAUCAUGCGCCCAUAAUGAUGAAUACUGAUGUCGUUUUUGAUAGAGGAAAAAGAAGCAGGCCGUACCGUUUUGAAGCUUGGUGGUUAUCUAGUGCAGAAUGUGAAGAAGUGGUUGAUACGGCAUGGAAGGGUAAUAUAGCAGCUCUGCCGCAUGAAAAAGUGGCUCUAUGUGCAAGCUCCCUUACCUCAUGGGCUGGUAAGAAGUUUGGGGAUGUAAGAAAGAAAUUGAAAGCUCGUGAAAAUGAAUUAAGAGAGGCACAAGAGGCGGUCUUGGAUGGUCCUUCACUUAUGAAGUGCGAGAGUCUUGCGGAGGAGAUUGCCGAGUUGAGGAGGAUGGAGGAAUCUUAUUGGUUUGCAAGAGCUAGAGCAAAUGAGAUGAAAGAUGGGGAUAAAAAUACUGCUUAUUUUCACAAAAAGGCGAGUUACAGACAUGUACGAAAUUGGAUUGAUGGCAUUUAUGAUUCUAUGGGCGUAUGA